AGAAAGUGGCUUUCCAGCCAUUGAUUCUAUGCAAAUCUCCGACGGUUUCUUCUCCUCUUCUUCUACAUUUGAUACUUUCGAAAACUCACUAAAGUUUCGAUUUUUAAUCGAUUUUACCAAGAUUUGAUAGAUUUGGAAGAUGACAUUAGGGUUGUUAUUGGGAAUUGGAAGAACAUUUCGAAGAAAGCGAGCUUCUUCGCUUGACAUUCUCUCUCCCAAACGAGCUCCAAGAGACUUUUACAAGGGGAAAAACUGUAAACCUCCUGGUUUCCACACUAGAAAAGGAGGAUAUGUUGUGCAGCCACAUAAAUUGCCAAACUACGUAGUCCCUGAUUUGACCGGCUUUAAGCUGAAACCAUAUGUAUCACAGUGUCCUUUAGACGUCAACAAAACAACCGAGUCAACUGAAGCCUCCAAGUGAAGAAGUCAGAAGAAAUAUGUCUUAAAGUCUUCGUUAGCUUCACUUAAGGACUGUGUUGUUCUAUGAUCCUUGAUACACUUUGUUAUUCAACGACUCCAAGCAAGUUAUGGCGAUAUUGAGUUAAUAAAAUAGAAGGUUUGAAUUAGAUCCAA